UACAACCAUGGAGUUGCAGCUGUUAUAUUAUUACCUGGCCUGCCUCGUCGCUCAGCUGGAAACCUUCUUAACCAAAGUGGUACCCCUCCAAAGUAAAGACUAGAAAUUGCGCUUUUCUGGGUCUUCGGCAGCACUGUGAAUCGCUGCGGGACACGGUAGUGUCGAUCACCAGGCUGACUGGUUGCUGCUCGUCAUGUCAUUUCUCCCCCCCGACAAUGAUCCCGACGCGCCAUAUUCCGAUAGUGAUGAGGUUGAGAUUCGAGUUCGACCAAGGGGCCGAUAUAUAUCACCGCGUCGUGAGUACAACGAGCCGCCGUCACCAGAAUUCGGCCUACAUAGCGGACGUGGCCGCAGCGACAGCGAGUAUGGCGAUUCAAAUUAUCAUGUGCUACCACGGAGGCCACGCUCCCUAUCGGGUGAGAGAACUAGAGCGCGCUAUAUAUCGCCAGUGAGGGUCACACGGCGGUCUCCAUCCCCAAUCAUAAUCACACCAAAUCCUUAUGGAGGACACUACAAACGCCGUCGAUCGCCGUCCCCUUCCUACUCCCGCUCGUCGUUGCGGCAAGAUUGGUAUAAAGGGCCCGAGGGCUCAGAAGCACUUGAAACACUGGCAAAGAGAUCGAGCCUCUACGAUCAGAUCGAGCGGGAGGAGAAGCUUCUUAAUGACGAUAACGAAAUAUGGAACCGCAAAAGGGGUGCAAUAGUUAACCGCUGCUUGGAGCUACGAACGGAAAAUAGGUUACGAAUGCAGCAACGACAGCAGAUGCAGAUCGAGCUGCAGCGAUUGCGAUCGGAUCGUCCUUCAUUCGAUGAUCAUGUUCGCAAUGCCAGGAAGAACAUCAUCGAAAAGCUGUUGAGCAUGCUGCCUGAUCACAAUCAAGCUAGUCUAGCAGAGGUUGUGGAAGCUGAAAUUGCCAAGGUAGAGCUCGAGCGCUCCAACUUGCAACCCGCAGACGCCUCGGAGCAUUUGAGGCUUGUCGCCGUCAAAAACGCACUUACACAGCAACUGCAAGAGCUGCCCCUUGAUGUGUCGACAGACACGUUGCUACGCCAGCGCGUGGAGACCGAAAGGGAAAGCGAAAGGCGUCAGCUGGAUAUGGAAGUCAGAACGCACCAGUUGGAGGCACGCAUGGCGUCACUAGACGAGGAGGUGGUAGAGGCGAACAACAUGCAACACGAGCUGGACGUUUCCCUUUCAGAGCAGCACAACGACUGCCUUGACAAGGAAAUCGUGCGCAAGACGAACCUCAGACAUUUGAAGGAGGAAUUAGACGGCGUGAAAAAGCACCUUCGGUCCCUUAGGGGGCCGCCAGAACCAGUCGACAUCGAGGCUGAACAAACGACCUCGUUGCCAGAAACAUACGCAUCGAAUGACAGCUACGCUAGCCAAACAGACCUGAGCGUUGAUCGCGACGUGAUUGAUUAUUAUCCUAACACGACCCGAGAGGUGGAGAAAGCAGGACUCUCUGUAAAACUGCGUCUCAACGGGGGACACCGGACAGUUCACACCAGUACCCCGAGCCAGGAGCUACCUGUCGCCCCUGAGGCCUCUGCCUGGAGGCAACCCAUCACAUCUCUUACUGACAAGCUAUCGAAGACGGAGCUCAUGACUGUUCAGGCAUCGGAGUAUUCUACAAUUGAGACUGGAGUGGGUAGGACCACGUUGGUUUGUCCCUCUGGUCCGAGGACACUGGACAUCGGAGCCCUUGCUCAAAUGCGAUGGCUACAUGUACAGCAGCCUGCACUGAGGUUCAAGCCACUGGAGCGGUUGGUUCUCAACUGUCCCUUUGUCACCGAAGACGCCAGAUCGGUUACCAUGGAGACGCUGGAAAGAGUCAAGGAACAAUUCACUGGGCCCUCGGAAUGCGGCCCCCAUCUUGAACUUGGCUGCAUUCUGCGUUGCGUGGGAACGGAGAGUACUGCGCAAGGGAGAGGCAGGCAAGCCAAUGCAGUGACGCCCGUACUAUUCCUGGCGUCUCCUUUCCUCGUCCUGGGCCAGUACCUCAGCCGCCGCGGCUCUGACACGGAGUACCGACCGCGAAGUCUCCUGCAAUCCUUGUACGGGUACGAUGUGGGAAAUGAACGCGAGAGCGGGCAGGUAGUGCAGAAGGUGGGUGCCAGAGAGCCGGGCAAAGAUGUGCUGCACAUCAACCAGCUCUGGUGCCUUCUCAUUGGGUCGGACGUGCUCAUAACAAUGUCUGAGCAAUCUGCAGCUGAUAUACGCGGUGACACGAUCCUCGUCAACGAUCGAUCGCCCGGCGCCGAGGAGCCUCUUGUCAUUCGACUAGUGGACAAGAAUGACCGUUCCUAUCCUGUCGUCAUUGAGCCUGACUACAGUUUCGCCGAGUUUCUGAAAUAUGCUGUUGCGCUUGUCGCGGGUCACAAUGCCGAUCCGUCCAUGUGGGCGAUAUACAAGGGCGAGGAUAUCCUAACCCCCAGUCGCUGGGUUGCGAUGUUGGAAAGCGAACAUACUGCACCCCUCACAUUGUCAGUAGUGCUCCAGCAGCCUGAGGUGGGGAAUGAAAAGGGCCGAAGUUGUGCACGUUAUCCGUAUUAUGAUGACGAAGAGUGCCGCCCAGCGACGAGGAGUUAUGGACUCCCGUAUCCUCACCGCAGCUCUAGCCGGGACCGACCUCACCCAGGCCCCAAGCUCUAUACGGAUGCUCAUUUGGGCAGCGCGAAAACAGAAGUACUGCUUGCGCGCGGGGCCAAACACACAAGAACUCGGCCGAGACCGAUCUCUCCGUUCAAAGAGUUCAAGGAGCAUCAAGCAGAACCGAGUAAUGACAAAGUGCGUGCCAUGGAGAUGAGCGCUGCAUUAAUCCGGCAUGAUAGGGAAAGUUAUGCCGAUAGCCCAUUUCGGGGCAUACGCGAAGGGAAUGAUGCUCCCAGUGGCAACUCGCAGUAUCAACUAUCGCCUGUUUCAGGAGAGUCUACGGCCCGCAGCAUGCACGAAGCUGUUCAUCCGACAGACAGUGAUGGCGUAAACACGGCGGUCCCAAGUCCUGAGCAGAACAAUGCUCACUCUAGCAGCAUGCAGCUCAUUCUACGUCCCGAAGAUGCCCUCUUACCUUCGAUUCUCUCGGACACUAGCACAACCGCGGAGCCAACAGGGGCAGUCACCGUUUCUGCACCCUGGGGGAAUAUGCUACGACGGAGUUCGCCUGCACUGACCCAGCCCUUAGUUACGUUGCCACGGCGGCAAUCGUUGUCUCGUGAGCCAUCUUUGGGUCUUGGGGGGGCCACUGAGAGCACCGGGCCGCCAGCUGCUGAGCUCGUGCGCGCUGAGCAGCGUCUCUCUGAGCUCCUGGACAAACUCAGUAACGCUGAGAAUACACGCGAUUUCCAUAUGGCGGCAGAUCUCAAAUAUGGUGCCAUCCCUGACAUGCAGCAGCGUAUUGAGAUUUUGAAAGGGGAGGGGACCCAGAAACAGCCCCAUCAACCGAAACAAACAAGGGUUGAGUGGGAGGAGGACGUCAAAGACCCCCUACCUUCUCCUACUCUUCAUCAUCAUGAUCUUGUCAGGCGGCCAAGCAUUGACCCAGGCUUGCGUUAUGCACGUUCAAGUUACACUUCUUCAACCCAAGGCUCGUCACGCCUCCGAAGCCGCUCGCCAAUUCACCCCUGGAGCGAAAGACAUGUUUCGGCACGAGAGAGGUCAACGUAUCGCAGAUCUGAUUCUGUUUCGAGCUAUGCUGUGAAUGCUUCAAAUCGCUAUCGACAGGCUGACCCGGAAAUCUUCCAGCCGCGCGAGGACGUGUCAUCGGGACACGGAUUCGACAUUGAUUCUGACCACUCGAGCGAAUCAAGCAGCUCCUCAAUAUCUACUGUGGGAAGCGCAACUUCGAUACAUACAGGCGUCGGAGUAAAAGGGCAACAACAAAAGGCAUAUAAGGAGAGGGUUUUAUAUGAGGUCGACGCCCCUGUGAUCCCGGGUCUUGCCCCUACGCUGUCAACUAUAGAACGGACGCCUCUGGGGGUAGCAAAUGACUCGGUGAUCAUGAGGCUCAUUCUCCGGCGUGCUUUCGACGUCGACGGGCGCGAAAUAUUUACGAAACGCUAUGAACUUAUCGAUUUUGAUCCCGAAACCGAUUCUAUCUUCGAAACCCAGAAGCUGCGUGGGUUUUAUAGGUCAAAGCCGCACCCCGCGGCUGACGAGAAGGCUGACUGGGUCGAUGAGUAUGUCAUGGAUAUCCGCCCCCUCAUAUCUGACUUGGGCGUACCAAUCACUGUCACAUACGAAUGGCCCCUUUUGCCGCUGGAUGAAGUUUGUCCAAGAAUGCGCUUGGUGCCGUUCUUGCAAUGGAGACUCAAGACUGGCAAGGAUGAGCGCACUGAGGACGAGGUCGAGAAGUCAUUGGUGAGCAUAUUGGGAACCAUAAAACAUUCGAUCUCGAAGAGUGUCGUUUCAAGACUAUACUCCCGCACGUACAGCUGUUCGUUGGAUGAUGUCCUUCAGCGACACGGAUUUCUGCGAGAUCAGCCCGCUACAAAACGGAUACACUUGGAAGGCGAUGUGCGCGACAAGAUGGGAGACAGCAUGUCGGCUGAGCCAGAAGUUGAAAAUACAGAGGCAGAUCAAACUUCGAAGGGAGAUAUUGACGACGAUGACCCGACACCCGACCCGGACACUCUUACGGACAGCGCUAAGAACAGCAGAAACAGAAGCCAGGAGCAGGCAAACAACGGGGAGCAAUCCUUUGAGCGGUCUCUAUCCGGCCUCGGGGCCCCGUCCGCCAAGCAGAAGCAGUCCAUACAGAGCAAACGUCAUGACAAGGAGCUCAUGCGGCGGCUGUUCAAUGUGUCGAGGGAGAUUUUUCAAGCCUAUAUGCCUGAUUCGGGUGACCAUGUCAAUCACCAUGUGUGUGUGCGAUUUUGGGGGGCAGUCGACGAAAUCUUUCGGCAAGUCAUCUGGGAUGUCAUGGACUUGAGAAAUGACCCCAGCGAGUCAUUCGCAGUCGCUGAGUUUGACAAUCCCGCAAAGGAAAUGUUCGUACAGCACAGCAAGUCCUGGGCUAGAUGUUCGGCUUGUUCCGGCAAGGAGCAGUAUACCUCGCCGGAUGCCGCGCUGUUGCAUCUACAUGAGCAUCACUUCGAUUGCUCUAUUCAGUCAGACAAUUGCUUUGAUGAUCCAUGCUUCGUCUGGAUCUACCGAGUCCGGGGAACAGACUACGAACCGGCACCAAAACCUGGCGCCGGCCAUCUGCGGCAUCUGGAAGAGUUCUUGGCCCGAAUUCUUCCAAUCACUGGCUACAUCCGAGAACUGCACGCUCUGGUGGCCAGUGCCAGUCAGCAGUCUACCAAGGUGCGCCCACCGCUCCCCAGCAAAGUGGUGUACGCGUUUCAGGAGGUGGUUUCAAUGUUCGUCAUCCAAGCCCACCUACUCUCGUUCUACAAUCGCCGAAGGUCUGCGGCUCUUCGCCAAAAAGCCUACAUCAACGGCAAGAUUGAGAGGCUCAUCAGACAGGAAGAAAUGAGCAAGGGGCUGGCAUACGACUACCUACAAGAUGCGAAGAAGGAUAUCAUCCUGAUGAAGGGCACCAGUCGGCAUAUCGAUGGUCUUGGUAUCGAGUCCGUCGGGGCUGAGUUCCUUCUCAUGGCGCUUGUUGCGAAUUUACAAAACAGGCCUGUUCUGCCGCACGCUCCCUCAACCAAUCCUGGGAUGCCGGACUUCCUCUUGCUGUACCAGCGUUACGUAUCAGAGCUUCGCUUCGAAGCCAACCGCCGACCGAAGAAACGAGUGUUCCUAGAUAUCCGCGCGCUGGAGGAGGAGCUGGAUGCAUUGCAUGGCCUGCUCGACUCGCAAGAGACAGUCUUGAGCAACUACCUCAAGUUACUGAAUCCGGGCUCCCUGCGCCCAACGACGUGUGAUAGGAAGGGCUUGUUCAGAAUCGAGCGAGACUUUGGCCGCCGUCAACAGAGGUUACUUCGUUCCAAAGCCCAGAGCAUCAGCACUUUGCGCGAAAAGUCUCAAUUCUUGAAAGAGCAAGUCAAGCAAACAAUUGAGAUCCUGGAGGAGGACCACGGCAAGGCAAUCCGAGUGUUUACCUUUGUCACACUGCUAUUCUUGCCCCUGUCGUUUGUGACCAGUUUCAUGGGCAUGAAUGUCACUGAUAUUCGGGACACGGAAUUCUCCCAGAAGAUCUUCUGGGCAACGGGCUUGCCCGUCACACUUGUGGUGGUCUUGAUCGCUUUGCUAUAUGCGUACCGGGGCGAGGCGUUGCAGGAUUGGGUCUGGCGCAGAUUGAGGCCACGCAGGGUGAGGGGAGGGCGGAACAUGGGCGGUGGAUUCGCUUGGACAGACGAGUUCACCGGAGAGGGCGAUGCGAUGCUUGCGCAUCGGGGCAGCAUGAAAGUGGCCAAGGGAAUUAUUCAUGUGGACAGUGACAAGCACUGGGGUCAAGCGACGGCGGAGUCCCGAGGGCCUGGGGGUGGGAUGAGGGAUGUGAGGUUCUGGGAUUGGGACUCGGCCAUGAGGACACUAGCCUUGAGGGACAGGAAGAAGACAAAGACAAGAGAAGCAGGAUUGCGCAGACGAGGUACGGCAGAUAGAUAGUCAGCUUGGCGGGGGCAUGUCUUCGGCGAUGGAAUUCAUGAUCUUCGUGGAGAUGCGAAUAAUGACAAUAAUGAUACACAUUUCUGUCUAAAUGUGAGAUGCUGA